AUGUUUUCUGCGUCUGCUCUGCUUCGCAUUGGCGCAUGGGCAGCGGUUAUCCUCCAAGUAACCGCCGUCCCCCACGGCCCAUCCUACUACAAGAGCGUCCGAGACGCUAUUGACACCUGUGGGGCAGUCGGACAGUUCAAAAUCAAUCCAACCCCAGAGAAAUGGAUCAAGGCCGACACCGACGGCUGGCUUAACAAGUGGUGGAGCGAGAAUGCCCAAAGCCGGAUGGAAGGAAAAUACGGAUUCGCUGGUGCGUUCGGCAAAUACGCACUAAACGACGACGACUGGUCGUGCCAGAACACCGGCGACACCAACAAUUGCAGACUCGAAACUUGCGACCAAGACCUGAACACCCUAGGCAAUAGCACCGAGCAGGCGUACUAUGUUGCAAGGGCGAUGAGUAACCUGCACGGCUUUUUCCUUGGUCUAGAGCAGGCGUUCGGUCCCACUUCUGGCAUCUCAGCCCUGGAUACUGAUUCCAUAGUGCGCAAUUUCUGGAAUGAUGAGAAUUUCUGGGAUACAACGCUCCUAAAAGAGAUGUUGAAUUUGAUCGCCGUUGUGAUUGGUGUUGUUGUUAUCGGGCUCAGUGCACCUGCUCUCCUGCCAGUCAUAGGUACUACUGUACCUCUCGUUUUGGGAGCAGGCUCAGCCAUGAUUAGCGGUGGAAUUGGUGCAGCCAUUCUAGGUAUCAGUUCUAAAGAAUCCACCAGCCUCACACAGGCUGACCUCGGCCAUUUCAUGGCAAAUAUACUGCCUGAAAUCUCGAAAGCAUUUAUCAGUGGUAAUAAUGAGCUGAUGCUCGGUCAUGGCUACGGGGAUGGCGAUAUCCGUAACAUGCUCGAGGGCGGAUCGUGGGUUGACUUCCCAGGAUUAAAGAAGGACGACGCUCAGCAGACAAUGAUCAACAUCGUAAAGUCAAUGAUGAUCAACGCUCUAUGGCGUAAGCAGCGUGUGUUUAUUCUCGGCGGGGGCGCCUGCGGUGACGGCCAGGAUGUCGGCCGAGGUACCAACGAAGGCGAUAACGUUUACUGCGAUGAACAAAAACGCGCUUGGUACCUAUACUACUGGCAGGCUGACCAUGGGCACAAACGCGGAUGGAUUUCUCGGCCGUGGGGAUCUGAUCGCAUGGGAGAAUUCCCUAUAUUAAAGGCGGAAGGCAGUGACUCCGGGUCAUUCUGGCCUGAUCUUGAACCAGUGGACGUUAUCAAAUCCUCCCUCAAGUCUUACAAGGCCGCUGGCUACAACUACGACUCGUCAACCAUGACUAGUCGUAUAAGUGACAUCUUCACUGGCGGCGCUAACACCUACACGGAGGGUGCGAGCAUGGAAGGUGUCUGGACCAUCCCUGUGUGUGAUAUCGGUAACACUGUCAAUAACCCCGACUAUAAAUACGCCCAGAAGGGUAAUAUCCUCCGCCCGUACGGGUUCGACGAACAUCCAAUCUGGUGUGGACCAAUUUGUGGAAUGGAUAAGAACGCGACGAUAGAAUUCUACAAAGCGGCCAACUUCAAGGAUGACCAGACGAGGCCGUUCAUCACAGGUUGUCCAGCUGACGAAACCUCUCAGAAUGAGCCGUAUGCGGGUCAUUGGUGGGAUUGGACUACAAACACAGACCAAUACGACCCAUACAUUCCCUACACUGAUAUCUGA